ACGGUGUACCUGAAUCACGAUGUAUUAAAUUGCCCCUUCACCGUUCAAACGUUCAAACGUUCACCAUCCACAAACUCACGACGAUGCCUGCUCCAUACCCUCUUCUUGAUAUGCCCCCUGGCAGUAUCAAGAACAUACAUGAAUACCCAGCUCGUAGACAUAUGGCAGCAGUCCACAAUAUGUUCAUUCAAAGCAUCAAUGCAAUAGUAGCGCAUGCGCCGACGCUUCCAACGAACAAGCUUCAGCCGUUCAUGGUAUUCUGUUUCACGGUGAUAGAUAACAUCCACCACCAUCAUCACAUAGAAGAAACCUUUCUAUUUCCCGAACUAGAGAAGAAGCUCGGCGCAGGGACAUUGUCGCGCAACUUUGAAGAACACGCAGACUUCGUUCCGCAAUUGGACGAAGUGAAGGUGUAUCUUCAAAAGGUGCAAACUGGAGAGUUGGCGUAUGACGGACCACUACUUGUGGAGAAGAUACAUUCGUUUAGUGAUUCUAUGAUGCUGCACCUAAGUCAUGAAAUCCCAACACUCGACGCAAGUCGUUUGAAAGCCGUUUUCACGGAAAAAGAACUGAAGGACAUUGAUUCCCAAGGUUUGAGCAUCGCGCUCAAAACUGUUAGUUUCUAUACAUCAAUUCCGUGGGGCAUGGUCUGCGCAAACCCGGCUACUCCGUGGUUCCCGCCGUUGCCAUUGCCAGUGAAGUUGGCGACGCGAUGGUGGUUUUCCAGAAGGUACAGAGAAGCUUGGGAAUUCGGGCCAUUGGAUCUCUAUGGAAAGCCCCGACAGGCGGAAGUGGAGAAAUCGUAAAACAGAUGGAUUGACAAAAAUAGAAACACUUCUAAUAUACAUAUUGCUAUGUAGUAUUUCUCGUUUCUUCAAAUGCGGUGGAUGGUAUAGUAAAUACAACAGAAAGAUCAUCACAAAUCCACGUAGUACAAUGAUAUAUAUACAUUUAUUUAUCAAUGCAUAUUUUGCAACAACUCGAGAUCUUUCUUCAACUCUGCCAGUGUGUACGGGAGAUCAUCGUCAUCUGCCACUGACAAUGUGUAGAUCUCCUCAGCCAGUUCGGGGUCCGUGUUCAUAUAGGUUAACAUUUGUUCCAACAGAUCUCCGUCGAGGAUACCAUACGCCGCCGAAUCAGCAUCGCUGCGUCCUCUCGAAAGUCUCGGAGCACGGUGCCUACCGUGGUCGCGGUGAGUGAGCGAGUGAGUGAAUAAUGAGUGAGUGAGUAUUCACACGGCAAAGAGAGGAGAACAAC